AUGCCCUCCGCAAUGUUGUCGGCUGUGCUUGAAGAGGAGCCAGAUCUGUACGAGGCAUUCCCUCCACAUGUGGAUCCCACUGGUAUUACAAUCCUGACCGAAAGCCCACCAGGCAAGAAGGCGCCCCUAAAGACGUUUGACGAGCUGCAGCCGCUGUUGCAGCAGGGCCGCAAGCGCGAGCUGAAGCUCGUAAUUCGCGAGAACUCGUGGCCGAUCAACAGCCCCGUGCGCGCAUCCCUCUGGCCCGCCCUGUGCCGGCAGCACCAGCAUGGCAAGUCCAUGCUCGACGGCUUCUACUGGGACAUGGUCACGCAGGUGUUCGGCACCGUUGAGCUGCCGGACAAGCCGAUCAUGCUGCCGCCGUUCGUGGAGGCGACCCACUGCUUCGGCUACCACCUGACGCGCAAGGGGCGCGCGGUGGCCGACCGCGUCGUCUCCGUCCUCGGCUACGCCUGCCCCGACAUCACGUACAGCCCCAGCCUCUACCCGAUCACCGCGGCGCUGCUCCACUUCAUGCCCGAACUCAUUGCGUUCUGUUCCCUUCGUCGAGCGAAGUUCCGAUUCGUAUUGUGGCCGUUAAUUCCAUCCGGCGGGGUUCCGACGCUCUACUGGUUGCGCGCCUCCGAGACGAUCGUUUAUAAUCUGUUGUUACCGGGAGCUACGGAUGUUGUCACACCGACGCAG